CAGUUGAAGCUCCAGCAGCGACGGACACGGGAAGAGCUGGUUAGCCAAGGGAUCAUGCCUCCUCUGAAAAGUCCAGCUGCAUUUCAUGAACAGAGGAGAAGUUUGGAACGGGCCAGGACAGAGGACUACCUGAAACGGAAGAUCCGGUCCCGGCCAGAGAGAUCGGAGUUGGUGAGAAUGCACAUCCUGGAAGAGACAUCUGCUGAACCUUCCCUGCAGGCCAAGCAGCUGAAGUUGAAGAGGGCCAGACUGGCUGAUGAUCUCAAUGAGAAGAUUGCCCAGCGGCCGGGUCCCAUGGAGUUGGUAGAGAAGAACAUUCUGCCAGUGGAAUCUAGCCUGAAGGAAGCUAUCAUUGUGGGGCAAGUAAACUACCCAAAGGUAGCAGAUAAUUCCUCCUUCGAUGAGGACAGCAGUGAUGCCCUGUCCCCAGAACAGCCGGCCAGCCAUGAAUCCCAGGGGUCUGUGCCAUCCCCAAUGGAAGCUCGGGUUGGCGAGUCGCUUCCCACCCCCACAGUGAUAUCCCCUGCUCAGGUUGCAUCUCAGUUAAAAGCCAGUGCAGAUCCUUGUGACACCCCUUUCCUGACUGAGCAGCCACCAACUCCCCUGCCACCCCUGGUGCUUCCUAAUCUCACCAACGGAGUUGUGGCUCCUGCUGCCAAACCACUUCCAACCCUUAUUAAGCAAAGCCAGUCCAAGUCCUCCUGUGAGAAAUCCCAGCGCAGCAAGAAAUCCAAGGAGCCAAAGCCGAAAGUCAAAAAGCUGAAAUACCAUCAGUAUAUCCCGCCGGACCAAAAGCAGGACAAAGGAGCCCCUCCCAUGGAUUCAUCGUAUGCCAAAAUCUUGCAGCAGCAGCAGCUCUUUCUGCAGCUCCAGAUUCUGAAUCAGCAGCAGCAGCAGCACUACAACUAUCAGACCAUCUUACCAGCUCCACCAAAGCCUCCCGGAGAGCAGCAGAGUGGCAGUAGUGCCCCGCCCAUGCGUAGUCUCUCUACAGCUGUCAGCAGCACCUCUUCUGUUUCUUCCAGUUCUAACGGGUUGAUGCGACAAAACAGCAAUGCUCCCACGGGCAAGCCAGGAACUCUCCCUCCUAAUCUGGAUGAAAUGAAGGUGGCAGAGCUGAAGCAAGAGUUGAAGCUGAGGGCGCUUCCUGUGUCGGGUAACAAGACAGAUCUCAUUGAGCGGCUCAAGACCUACCAGGAGCAGAGUGGUACAGUUGCCCACGCAGCCUCCGCUCCAAAGCCCAACGCGGCGAUUUUCCCCAAAGCUGCGGAGGUGGUGGUAGCCUUCCCGGCUGCUCGGCUGGGCACGGGGCCGGCGCUGGUUAGUGCAGGUCUCACUUCAGCAGAAGUGGUCGUGGCCACCGUGGCUGGCAACGGCGUGAUGAAGUUCGGCAGCACAGGCUCCACUCCUCCUGUGUCUCCCACCCCCUCCGAGCGCUCGCUGGUGAGUGCCGGGGACGAGAACUCAACGAGCGGGGAUGCCUUUGGGGAGAUGGUGACCUCUCCUCUGACACAGCUCACCCUGCAAGCCUCCCCGGUGCAAUUCCUGGUGAAGGAAGAGAGCUCCAAAGCCACCAGCUGCGGCUCAAAUCCACUGUCGCGGGUGGAGCCUUGUUUCAACCGCAGCAAAGACGUGGAGGCCCAGGACAAAGACCAGAUGCUGCAAGAGAAAGACAAGCAGAUCGAGGAGCUCACGCGCAUGCUGAGGCAGAAGCAGCAGCUAGUAGAGAUGCUGAAGCUGCAGCUGGAACGGGAGAAACGGUCUCAGCAGCCUCUGCCGGCCAUGGAGCUUGGGGAGGAAGGCGCGGCUCCAGCCCCUGAGCCACCAGCCUUUGGCAUCCCGGCCAAGACGGAAAAAGGUUUCACGAGUUGCCAAUCCACGGGGCAGCCCAGCUGCCCAGCUGACCAAGCAAAACCCACACAGACCACUAGCCAAAUGGACACCUCGGAUUCAAGCUCUGUGCCAAAGGAAGCCGCGAUGGUGAAGCAGGAGGCCCCAGAAACUGCCACUGAGUCAUCAUGUCAAACCUCCCGUUUUUUCCUUGGCCAGCAAAGUGGAGGCAUCAGUGACCUCAUCAAAGGAGCGCCUCCCCCUACCCUCAUCAGAGAUUCCACGGGCACUCACAUAGUGCUCACAGUGACCAAUCAGAAAGCUGAGAGGCAGGGCCUCUCGCAUCAGGAGAAGGCGGGGAAUGGCCCUUUACCGCAGAAGAGAGUCCCAUCACCUUCUCCGAAAGCAUCUAUCCAGCAACCUGUAAGCAGCUCUCAACCUUCUGCGCAACAGGCACAAAGUGAUCCUGUCAAGAAGCUUCUCUCGCAGCCAGGCUCUCCGUCUCCACCCCACAUGGAACUUGAACAGCAGAACUCAUCUUUCUUUGCUGCUGCUCCACCACUGCCUCUCCCUGCGUCCUCCAUGCUGAUGAAAGAACCACCAGGUUAUGAAGAGGCUGUGAAGCAACAACCAAAGCCCCCUGAGGUUAAUGGCUGUUCAAGUCAGCAGAUGGAUGACUUGUUUGACAUUUUAAUUGAGCAUGGAGAGAUUUCCGCUCAAUUUAAGGAGCAGUCUUCCCCAUCAAGGAAAGACACUGCUGUUUCUCCGGGAUGCCCUUCUCCGUCCAACAGCCACCAUUCCUCAGAGCUCUCCCUGCAGGUGUCCCUGGGCCACACCGGUCCUGUUAACCCUUCCUCGGCAGGCAGGCUGGAAGACUUCUUGGAGAGCAGCACUGGUCUCCCCUUGCUGACAGCUGGCCCCGAUGGACCUGAGCCCCUGUCUCUGAUUGACCUCUACAGUGAGAUGCUCAGCAGUUCAGCUAUCCUGGACCAUCCGUCUUCACCUAUGGACACAUCAGAAUUGCACUUUGCCCCUGAGCCCACUGGGGGACCAAGUUUAGACUUGGCUGAGGCUAAUUUGGACAGCAUGGAUUGGUUGGAGCUGCCCGGAGGGCCAGUGAUGAGCCUCACCCCCCUCAGUACUGCAACUCCUAGCCUCUUUUCCACAGACUUCCUCGAUGGACAUGAUCUGCAGCUGCACUGGGAUUCUUGCUUGUAGCUCUCUAAGCAUGCAGACUGAAGGGAGCGGUACGGGUGGGUGUAGUAUAUGGGUGGGAGCUUAAGUGAAAGUGUCAGUCAAUCUUAAGAUCCCCAAAUGUCAACCUGCUUUUGUGAAGUUAAGACAGUCAGGGGGAAUCAUCCGGUAACACCUUCUGAAUGGUGGUUCCGCCUCUGGCAAGCUAUGGCCGUUCUCAAGGCCUGUGGUGAGGUAAGGCAUGGCCCCUUUUCCUCCAGUGCUCCCUAGUGUGGCCACCCCAGGUUGUCGAAUGUAUUAAGCACGGUGUACUGCUUCUCCUUUACAAUACGGUGAUGUGGCCAGGAUGGGAACUUAGUUCAAGGCCAGGCAUCCAUAACAGGUUAGAAGAAAUUACUUGAGAAGCCAGCGUUCCCCUUCUGGCCUUGAGUUUGCCUAGUUAGGAAGCAUUUAAAAAAAG